CUCCCUCUCCUCCUCCCUCUCCCUCUCCUCUCCAUUCCCAGGAUCUCUCUGUCGAAAUGAAAGCCAAAUAACCCAACUCGGUUUGUUUUGGACAGCAGCCUCUUGGGGUUGUGUUGUGUGUGUGUUGUGGUGUGUGUGUGUUGUGUGUUGCUGUGUGUGUGGUUUUUUUUGGUCUGGCUUGUGACUGAGAUCCUGCCACAGAGAGAAGACAGAGACAGAGGGAGUACAGAAGGAGAGAGAGAGAAGGAGAGAGAAGAGAGCAGAGAUGAUCCGCAGCCUGAGAGCGGUGUUAAUCCUUGUGGCUUCGCUCCUUAUAGAGAGUACAGCGGCCAAAAAGUACUGCUGGUACGUGGAUGCAGGAUAUCCAACCUAUUUUAUAUGCCGAGCGUAUGAGGAUUGCUGUGGUACAAGAUGCUGCAUGCGGGCAUUUUCCAUUCAGCGACUAUGGUAUUUCUGGUUCCUUCUGAUGAUGGGAGUCCUGUUCUGUUGUGGCGCUGGCUUUUUUAUCCGUCGCCGGAUGCACCCCCCGCGAAUGAUUGACGACCCUCCGUUCAGUGUAGGAUUCACCAGGCAUCCAGUGAACACAACAGGAUGUCAGACCACUGGAGGCCCCCAGGUCGGAAUGCAAUAUUACCCCGAACCUGGGCCACCUCUUCAUCCCAUUGGGACAACGUUCCAAAUUCAGCCCAAUGCUCCUCUCCUCAACCCGGCCUAUCCCCCCCCACCGGCCUACUGCAACCAGCCCCCACCACCCUACGAACAAGUCGUAAAAACCUUGAAUAAGGACGCAGAGAAGUAAGAGUGGGCUCCAGUGGAUGCCUCCAUCAUUGACUGGCCAUUUACCUUCUGCAGAAAUGGCAUGGGAGAGUUGCAAAUCUCUGAAGAUGUACACUUUGGUCCCAGUGCACUUGGAGUCUUGCAUUAAGGCUUCUGAUGCUUUGAUAGGUUAAUGUGCUGUAGAACCGACCUCAAGUUCUUCAAAUCAACAUACUCUCUAAAAGCAGCAAUGAUUUUAACAUGGGAAACUAUGUAACCUUUAGUUUUUAAAAAGAAAGUAAAAACUGGACUUUAUUAAAAGCUGUUUCCCCUUAAAACAUAAUGUACGUCUUAUAAGUAAUUUUGACCCUUCAUAUAGAUUUUUUUAUUUGUGGCAAUGUUUAUGGCAGAUUUAACAAACGUGCUUUCUGAAUGAAGCUACCCUUGUUUAUUAGUGGUGGUCUACCUGUUACUAAAUGUACAAUUGCCAAAUAAGGUACAAGUAAAAUGUAGCCUUCCUGUAAUCCUGUUCCAUUUACCAGCCACACUUUUGAUAUUAGAAAGGUCUUUCGAACGAAGAAGUUGGGAAGAUUCAGAAGGAAGCACUGUGCUGUAAAGAAGAAAGUCAGAGAUGUCCAAGAAUGUAGUGAAUUUAGUGAGAAUGGAUUAAGAUUCAUGGGUUUCACAGCCCCGCUCACACGGAAAUACAGCACAGAGGCUCGCAGAAAAGGUUAGAUUUAUUUUUGUAUGAAAUUCAUGUUGGUUGUGGUUACCCUGAGGAGCUCUAGUAGUAUGUAUGAUGUUAAAUGGGAUUUUGGUUUACAGAAAUGAAUAGAGAAGUUGGGUGCUUUGCUAAUUUUUAGGGCCAGUUUUGAUCUAGAAGUUUGUGCCAGUAGAUGAAUUUGUUUUGAUGCUUUUUCAUAAGAACAUAAGAAUUAGCUUGGCAAAAGAAGACCAAAGUCCAUCCAGUUCGCCUUCCACCAUCUUGGCAGUCGCUUACACAGGUCAUAUCCCAAACUAUUUGUUGUAUGUCAUUGUGUUAUUUCAGCGCCCAAUGUGUUUUCAGUUAUUGAUCAUGUUACUCUUCAAUGACAGGAGGUGAUGUGGAAUUAGUAACCUUGAGAUUAAUAAUAAUUAAUAACAAAAAAACUUUGAAAUAUUAUUUCACCCA